UUUUAUUUUCUCGGAGGAAAAAAGAAAGAAAGAAGGAAAUACUUUCCCAGUAAUUUUCGCUUUGAACGGAUAUUAUUAUAUUUAUCCCUCAACUAUUUUCGUUAUUCUGCCAAAAAUAUACAGCUUUGAGCAUCAACAAGUAGAGUCUGGCUCAAGCCCAAACACCUAAAAUCAUCGCUCAAUUGUGAUAACCUGAAAACAUCAUGUCCGCAAAUCUGGACCUUUCCUUGCCCGCCAAGGCACCCUCGAUGGCACGCUACCACGACGCGCCUAUGAGUUUACACCCCACAGCUCUCUACACACUUGUCGACCUCACCGACGCAGAACUUGAAGCCCUUGAGCGCAAGUGUGAAACUGGGUGCAUUGAGGAGGGCAGUGAGCGGGGCACCAGCGUGCGCCUCGCCCCGCAACCACGUUUUGUCGGCCAGCCACUGCGCGCCGCAUUUGAUUACCAUCUCGAGUUGGGAACGCAAAACGCGUUUGAGCCCAGGUAUUUUCUCGCUGCUGUCGAUAACGACUGGCAAUCCAAGGGUGUCUUAUUAGUAACACUAGAUGAUGACGAACUCGAUUGCAAUGUGGACUCAUUUCGCAUCAAAGCUGUUGAUUCUGGCUUGAGUAUAGCGAACCUGCAAAUUGGUAAUACUUCGUGGGACGAAGAAAAAGAAAGUUUUGAGUUUACUCCCGACGGCGAUGACAACAAUAACAAUAACAACAACGCCGACAAUGAUGAUGAUGAUGAUGAUGAUGAUGAUGAUGAUGAUGACGAUGACGAUGAUGGACCACCAGCACCGACCAAGAAUAUUCCCCUAGGAUACUACAUCCCUAUUUACAUCCACUCAAGUCUAUCCGAAGAUCAAGUCGUUGAAGACUUAGAGCCAGCGUUCCAAAAGAAAGCGCCCGAGAAUAUAGGUUGCCGCAUACAGGCCAAACUCACGCCUACCUCAGAGUCAUCAUCCAUCCAAGACCUCAUCCGACAAGCCGCUUCUGUACACCCCCUACGCUGUGCAAAAAACAAAUAUCUACAUAAAACUUACAUCCUCGUCAUUGAUACGGCAGAUCCCGAUGAUAAUGGCAUGCUAAUGGUGAAAUUACCGUCAUGGGAUGCGAAUCUCUCGGGGACAAUCGAUAAGACACAGCUGCGCCGCAUUGGAGAGGAAUUGGCUCUUGAAACCCCUCAACAUAUCCGUAUCCCGUAUGCUUGCUACGAAGGCCUGCAGACGCCAUUCCUCACACGAGCCAAUGGCGAUGCCGACUGGCCAUCAGAAGAGGUGCGCGCUCGACCCGUCUUCGUCGUUUUUCAGUAUAACACGCGCGGCAAGGAACUUGGUUUAGGUUCUACCUUAAUCGAUCCAAGCGCUUCAAAGCGGAGGCUCGGCGAAGAACGACUGGUGUAUGCAGCCGACGCCAUAAAGCCCCCCAGACAAGGUAUAGAACUUAUAUCAUGGAAUUAUGACGAGGCAGUUAGACGAUUUCCCUGGUUUUGCCGGGAGAAUCGGUUUGUCGAGGGCUUAGACAAGACUUUUUUCAUAUGUAUAGAUGGUCCCGAUGUACCGCAGAAAGGCGUGCUACUAGUGCGGAGGAAAUGGGAUGGAAAUGUAUGGGGACGAACGCGUGAUGAGCUACUUGGCUUACCCGUUGAGGGCGUGAAGCAAGUAAGAGUCCCCAUCAAGGAAGCCCUUGGUCUUCUGGAAAAGGGAAGCAAGGAUGAAAUAGAUGGAAUGAGUGAGGAAUUGAGAGAUUUCUUCUCGUAGGCGCUUCAAUCACCCACCCGGGUAAUGGGGUAAAAUGGACAAAUCGAGUUGAGGGGCGACU